UUCCAGGAAGGAAAACACCGGCGGGCAGCGGGGCCGCGCCGGAGGCGCUCGCCCCUCCCGCCGCCUCGCGCCGGCACCCCCGCCCCUCCCCCCGCGCCGCCUCCCCCCGCUCCCUGUGCCGCGCGCGCGCGCACCGGCUCGCAGGCGGGCUCGCGCGGGCAGAGCGCGCGCCGUCACACGCGCGCGAACACACGCACAGAGCCACAGGCGCGCGCGGGGGGGGCGGGAGCGGGGGGGGGGGCGGCGUGUGGGAGCGAUCGCGCGCCCUCGGAGGAGCGGCGGCGGCGGCGCUGAGGAGGGGACUCGGGCGGCGGGGGCGCCUCCCCCGGGCAGCUUCGCGGGCCGCGCCGCGCCCGCCGCCUAGGCGAUGGUGGCGGCACCAACUUCCCCUUGAGGGGACGGGCCGAGUCGGGCCGUGCCGCCGGGCCGGGAGAGGAGCGGAAAGUGGGGAAAGCCCGAGAACUUCCUGUCCGCCUCCGCCGCGUCCCUCCUGAGAGAUGUCUGAGGCUCCUGCUCAGUGUUGCAUCAAGGCCAGAGGGACUGUUAAGAAGCCAUGAAUGGAGUCCGUUGCAUCUCUUUAACCAGUGUGUUACAUCUUAUCUGACACCUGCAUGACAGCAGGAAAGAAUUUCGUACACACCUCCAGUGAGCCCGGUACCAAAUUACACUUCCUCGUCACCACUACAUGUCCCAGUGCCUCCAGCGAUCAGGAUGGAGGAAGACACGAUCAGACUGCCAGCACACCUGCGUUUGCAGCCCGUUUACUGGAGCAGGGAUGAUGUGGCACAGUGGCUCAGGUGGGCGGAGAAGGAGUUUUCCUUGAGGCCGAUUGAGAGCAACACUUUCGAGAUGAACGGCAAGGCUCUGCUGCUCCUGACCAAAGAGGACUUUCGAUACAGGUCUCCUCAUUCAGGUGAUGUUUUGUAUGAACUCCUUCAGCAUAUCCUGAAGCAAAGGAAAACCCGUAUGCUCUUCACACCUUUCUUCCACUCUGGGAACUCUAUCCAUGCUCAGCCAGAGGUCAUAUUACACCAGAAUCACGAUGAAGAUAGCUUUGUCCAGAGACCUUCAAGACCAUCCACAGAAACAGUCCACCACAACCCCCCAACCAUUGAACUGUUGCAUCGUUCUAGAUCACCCAUCACCAACAACCACCGUCCAUCACCAGAUCCCGAUCAGCGGCCACUGAAGUCCCCUAUGGACAACACUAUCCGUCACCUCUCCCCAACUGACAGGGUGCCGGGGACAAGGCAUCAGCAAGAGAAUAACCACCAGGAGUCCUACCCUCUCUCAGUGUCCCCGAUAGAAAACAACCACUACCCACCUCCUUCUGAGGUGCUUCAGAAGCCCUCCAGCCCUCGCCAGGAAAACACCAGGGUCAUCCAGCUGAUGCCCAGCCCUAUCAUGCAUCCUUUGAUACUGAACCCCAGGCACUCGGAUUUCAAACCACCAAGGUUGUCUGAGGAUGGGCUGCACAGGGAGGUAAAGCCAAUCAACCUGUCCCACCGAGAAGAGUUAGCUUAUAUGAACCACAUCAUGGUGUCCGUAUCCUCUCCUGAGGACCAUGCGAUGCCAAUUGGAAGAAUAGCAGACUGUAGGUUGCUUUGGGAUUAUGUUUAUCAGCUGCUUUCUGACAGCCGGUACGAAAAUUUCAUCCGAUGGGAAGAUAAGGAAUCCAAAAUAUUCCGGAUAGUGGAUCCCAACGGGCUGGCCCGGCUGUGGGGAAACCACAAGAACAGAACAAAUAUGACUUAUGAGAAAAUGUCCAGAGCCCUACGCCACUACUACAAACUAAAUAUUAUCCGGAAGGAGCCAGGACAAAGGCUUUUGUUCAGGUUCAUGAAGACCCCAGAUGAGAUUAUGAGUGGCCGAACAGACCGCCUCGAGCACCUUGAAUCCCAGGAACUGGAUGAACAAAUAUACCAAGAAGAUGAGUGCUGAAGGGGGCUGGUGCAUCACCUCUGUGGGUCCAUGGGAGAAACAUCUUGCCCGGAUGACUGGCACAAUUUGGGAGGGGAAGCAACAACACAGAAGCAGUACUUGGGGUUGCCGCUUAGCUUGAAGACCACACAGGACCUGAAUCACCUUAACAAAACAAACUUUAACAGGCAGAAGUGGUGCUGGCAGAAAAGUAAACAGGAAAAAGCCUGGACUUAUGCACUACUUCACUGUUCUUACAAAGUCUCCCUUGAGUUCUUUCUUUUCGGUUUGUUUCAGUUUUGGGGUUUUUUUGUUGGUUUUUUUUUUUCCCUAAUAAACAUGCAGUUUGACUUUCCUUAUCUCACAUAGGACAAGA